GGAUCGGCAAGGUCUUCGGCGAUCCUUUCUUAUCCUGUGCCACGUACUCUCACGAUGUACAGCAGGAGACAAUCCGUAGCCAUUUUGGCUCAAGUGCUCAAGCCAUCUUGGCCAAUCACCUUUGACAACUUCCAGCUGGAGUCGCGAUCUGGGUGAAUGCUAAGCCUCCUAUCAUCCAUCGGCAACAAUUAUGAUGCGACUGCAACUGCAUGCUUGCCCUCUAAGCAUGCUUACAGCUUCACUAGUCAUCGUGAGUACGUCCAGCAUCGAUGUGUGCAACAUUGCAGGGAACAAUUUUAUUUUGAAGACCCUUUGCGACACGUUCGCAGGCAGCAGUAAGCAGACGAACCGCGCGAUGGCGGGUAUUCAGGUCAUCGGCGCUGGUGCUGGCCGCACUGGUACAGCGUCGUUGCAGGCGGCGUUGGACAUUUUGGCUUACAACUGCUACCACAUGCGAGAGGUGUUUGUAAAUGACGACAGCAGCAUGUGGAUGGGUCUGCUCUCGGGCAAGAGGAGUAUCACGGACAUCGUGUCGAUGCUUGUUCACAAUGGCUUUGACGCCACGGCAGACGAUCCAGCAAGCGCGUUUGCGCUCGAAUUCGUUGAGUACCUCCCAUACGUAAAAGUGAUCCUUACAACGCGCACGGAUCCAGAGAAGUGGUUAGACAGUCUUCAGCAGUUGACACACGGGGACAAGAUAUCGUCAUGGUUGCCUCUCGCGAUCGUGCCCCGCUAUGCGAAGUUCAUCCAGAUGGUUCGCUUCUACCAUGCAAAGCGAGGAUAUGCAUAUGACCCUGAGUUUCUUAACCGUUCGGUGGCGCUAGAGUGGUAUGAAAGUUGGAAUGCCAAGAUUCGCGCCAGAGUGCCCAAGGACCGGCUCCUGGAUUUUCAAGUGACUGAAGGGUGGGGACCUCUUUGCUCUUUCUUGGGUAAGCCGGUACCCGAUGUGCCUUUUCCACGCUUGAACGACAAGGAUGGUUUCCGCUUUGCGCUUGCCUUCCUUGAGUGUGGCCAUUGGGCCAUACUUGGCGCGCCUGUUCUGAUGGUUGUGUGCGCCAUGUCCCGUUGCUGCCGUCCUGGAAGGCCCAAGGUGAAAGCACUAUGACUAGACGUGAAAGUGUUUGCGGUGACGGGCUGGACAA